AUGGGCGCGUGGAUGUCGCGCGUGUGGUUCCUCAUGUUCCCGGCGCGGGAGUACAAGCUUGUCGUCGUGGGGCUCGACAACGCGGGGAAGACCACCACACUCUACAAGCUCCACCUCGGCGAGGCCGUCACCGCCGCGCCCACCAUCGGCAGCAACGUCGAGGAGGUCGUCUUCAAGAACCUCCGCUUUGAGGUCUGGGAUCUAGGAGGGCAAGAAAGCCUGCGCACGUCAUGGGCGACAUACUACCGAGGGACGCACGCCAUCAUCGUGGUGAUCGACAGCACGGACCGCGCGCGGAUCAACAUCAUCAAGGACGAGCUGUUCCGCUUGCUCCAGCACGCGGACCUGGAGGGCGCGGUGGUCCUGGUGUUUGCCAACAAGCAGGACCUCAAGGACGCCAUGCCCCCCGCGGAGAUCACCGACGCGCUCUCCCUCCACAGCAUAAAGAACCACGACUGGCACAUCCAGGCCUCGUGCGCCAUCACUGGCGAGGGCCUCUACGAUGGCCUUGGCUGGAUCGCGCAGAAGGUCGCCGGCAAGGCGACCGCGAGCUGA